UUGAAUACAACGUCACACUUCUCUGCACUCAACUUGCCCGGUUCUAUUCUUUCCACGUUGGCCGGGUAGCCAUAUUGAUAAUGGCUGCAGAAUACGAAUAACAAAAGAGUUACAUUUCUUAUUUGGCAGUAUUUAGAUUAUAGUGAACAUGAACGCCACGGCAUCAAGAAUGAUGACCAACAUACAUGCUUCACGUCACAAAUACAGCGUGUUUGCAGUAGUUCUUUUGGUGGCCGGAUUCAUGUUUUUUGUGCCACGAAAAAACUGGACACAAUAUGUGAACAUAUUAUCCGUCUCCGACCCAAAAGUUGAUAGAACUGUAUAUAAAACAGUAACUGUUGCUCUUCCAAAAACUGAGGACGGAAUUCCGUAUGGAGAAAUAGAACAGAUACGAAGAGACUGUGGGCAGCUCUGCAAUACGUCGCGACCUGGCACACCUGGUCCGUAUUUUAACCACGUGACAGCACCAAUAAACUGUGAAGCAAUUUUUAAAAAUGAAUUUAUUGACAAAGGACAUGGUUUGAAAGUAGCACCAAGGAAGAUUCCAGAUAGACUUCUUAAAGACUACACAAUGAAUUUUCAACUGCCAGUGACGGAGUGGUACUUCAAUAUGCCAUAUCUCAACACAAAGAGUAGAACACCAGUAUGGACAAGAGAAAGUGUAGAACAACAGAUCUCUCUAGCAAAGAGAGGAAUUUUAGGUGGGGCUUAUGGAAGUUCUGAAACAAACGCAUUAAGAGAUGGAUUACAGCAUGCUCCUGGCGUCAAAGGUGGGCGCGUCUUAGUCAUAGGAUCCGAGAGUCCAUGGGUUGAGGCAUGCGUACUGGAGGCUGGCGCGAAAGAAGUUGUUACUCUUGAAUAUGGAGAAAUUAAAUCCCUGCAUCCGCAAAUUAAAGCUUACAUUCCUAGGGAAUUUAGGAAGGCUUUUCUUAAUAAUACACUUGGUGAAUUUGACGCUGUGGUAACAUUUAGCUCUGUGGAACAUUCUGGACUAGGUAGAUAUGGUGACGGACUAAACCCCUGGGGAGAUAUCAUAGCGAUCGCCAGGGCAUGGUGUGUUGCAAAGAAAGGGGCUUCAAUGACAAUUGGAGUAAUGUAUGAUAAUGAAAAAGACUAUAUAAGAUACAAUGCUGGGAGGUGGUAUGGGAAAAUAAGAUACCCGUAUCUCGCCACUAACUGGAAACAACACUACAGAGGGAAUGGAAUUCAGAGAGUUCAUGUGUUUUUAAAACCUUAAAUCUAAUAAGAGGGUCUGAAAAUGACUAGAAUAAAAAUAAAUUAUUUAUGUCCGUGUAUUGUGUGUAUGAGCAAAGAAUAUAUGCCGUGUCUGAUGUAGAUAAUUAAGAAAUCAGUAACUGUAUUUGGCACACUUGGAUGAAUAACUGGGAAAAAAGAUCUUGUAAUUGUAAAUCCAACGUGAACCUUCUACUAUAUUAACAUUGAAUGUAUUGCAUAUAUUUUUACCAUUAAAGUUUUAAACCAU